AUGGAUACCGAUGUGAAUAUGGAAGACGCCAACCGGCAAUCACUUGAUACGGUUCCGGUGUUAGAGGCCCAUAAGAUAAAGAAGGAAGAAGAGGAGCGGGAAAGUACCCAAAAUGAAGAAGGACAGCAAGUCGGGCUGCUGGGAGGGCCAACAGAUGUCAAGCAGCUGGUCGAGCUUUCUGAAGACAAUCAACAAAAUGUUUCAUCCCCAGUACCUCUGGAUUUGGCGAAGAGAGAGCAUAAACGAAGGUAUGACACUACUACCAAAGGUAAAUACACCUUGAAUGACUUUCAGAUAUUGAGGACUUUAGGAACUGGGUCAUUUGGCAGAGUCCACCUAGCACGUUCUAUACACAAUGGUCGAUUCUAUGCCAUGAAGACUUUAAAAAAGGAAAGAGUCGUCAACAUGAAGCAAGUUGAGCAUACGAACGAUGAAAGGCGAAUGCUAAGAUUAGCACAGCAUCCUUUUAUAAUAAGAAUGUGGGGGACUUUUCAAGAUUGCCGUAAUUUGUUUAUGAUCAUGGACUAUAUAGAAGGUGGAGAGUUGUUUUCUUUAUUGAGAAAGUCUCAAAGGUUUCCAACCCCUGUUGCCAAAUUCUAUGCUGCUGAAGUUUUCCUUGCCAUUGAGUACUUGCAUAAUUUGGAUAUCAUCUAUCGUGAUUUAAAACCAGAGAAUAUCCUUUUAGAUAAGAAUGGACAUAUAAAAUUAACUGAUUUUGGCUUCGCUAAAGAAGUCAGUGAUGUGACGUACACUCUUUGUGGUACUCCUGACUACAUUGCUCCUGAAGUGGUAGCAACUAAACCAUAUAAUAAAUCAGUCGACUGGUGGUCUUUUGGAAUAUUGAUCUUCGAAAUGCUUACGGGCUACACCCCCUUUUAUGACCCUACCCCUAUGAAAACAUAUGAGAAUAUUUUGAAUGGUACAAUAACGUACCCUGAUUAUUUGCCACCUGAUGUUUUGGAUUUAUUACAAAAAUUAAUUGUGAAAGACUUAACAAAGAGGUUGGGUAACUUGCAAGGAGGAUCAGAUGAUGUUAAGAACCAUCCUUGGUUUAAGGAAGUUAUAUGGGAGAGGUUACUAUCUAGAGAUAUAGAGACCCCGUAUGAACCUCCCAUUACGUCAGGUGUCGGCGACACGUCACAGUUUGACCGCUAUCCUGAGGACAAGGAUUUAGACUAUGGUAUCAGUGGGGUAGAGGAUCCAUAUCGACUGCUAUUCCUGGAUUUUUGA